UGAAAAUAUUGAUUUAGCUACUAGGGAAUGAUGAAGUGUUGCCAAUGAACUACUGGCGUCAUUGAGUGAGUACUGUGCGGAUUUUCAUUGGUAUAUAUCCACACGGUACUACUAACAGGAACAGGACUCCGUACCAUACUUCUAUACAAUAGGGCUCCUCACACUCUUCUAAAGCGAUAAAAUGGGUUAAACUACAUUGUCGGACGCCCCCAACGCCCACAGCGAUACACAACACCACGCAGGACCACUCGAAUGCCACUCUAUGGACCAAGGGUUGAUGUUUAAAGAGAAGAGGACAGAACGCUUGCACCCUGGGGAAUUGCUGGAACUUGUUGAACAGGUUGCAGACUGUCUAUCACUCGUCCGCGACACAGUGCUACGAAAGAAGAAGGUUAUCGUGUGCGAUUGUGACCUACUGGAUAUGAUGUGCCCUGACUCUCCUUCUUGAAUACCUUACAGAACUACUCUGUAGUUCUGAGGCAUUAUGCGGUGGAUGCUUUCAUGGUAAGAGAAUGUACUACCAGGAAUAGCAGGACUGAGUGAUAUGCAUAGACCAUAGCUAUUUUUACCAUUGUUGCUUGCGCAUAUGCAUGGCAAACGCAAUUGAUGCUUUCCUAUUCCC